AUGCCGCUCUCCUCCCAAACUGCGCUCAGAUGCUCCUCUGCGCUCUUAUGGGCGGCUGGCUGCAUCGGAGCCGACUUCUAGGGACCAAGGUCCCUUUGCCACCCCCCAAAUAAAAUAUUUGAAAGUGGUGCCCCCCUAAGUUGAUAGGCACCUUUCAGAUGAUGUGCGUGUACUGCAUCUUGUGAUUAUGUGGGACGGAGCUUACCUGCCCCUACCUAAUAUAUUACUCAGGUUGGCACCGCUAGCUGCCCGGAGGGGAGAGUGCCCCUGGGCAUGUGCAGAGGGCCCUUUAGCGUGGGGACACUUUUCCUGCUCCAGGAGGAACUACCAAGCUGCUUCGGAGGGGAGGAGGGUGUGCCAGGAGAGUCUCUGCCCGCCUCUUGGCUGGCCACAAGGGAGGUGGUCCCAGCAGAAGGGGGCUGCCCUUCCUCCCUUCCUCCCUGCUGCCCUUUUGCCCCUUCCCGGUGGCGGCGCAGGGUUCCCGCUGCUGCGGGCGAUGCCCUUCUCACCUCCUGUGCUCCCAAGGAGGCUCCUUCCUUCUGCAGACGAGGAAAGUGAUCCACGAAACAGGAUCCUGCCCGCCUCCUUUCUAAGAAGAGGCCCUUGGGGGUUUGCUGCUGAUCUUGAAGCUGCCCGCAGAGCCUGCCUUGGCAACCUGCCUUCCCCCAAAGGGCCUGAAUUAAAUUUUAAUUUCCAGACGGGCCUUCCUUCCGCAGGAGGAGGAGGAGGAGGAGGAGGAGGAGGAAGCUGGCCUGAAGAUGCAGAGGCUGCUGGAGCCGCCCCAGAGAUCGGCUUUCACGGCUGAAGCCACCGGCUCCUUGGCUUUGCGCUGACGACAUCCGCGCCACCUUCGCCACAGGGUGCUUUCUCCCAAGUAAGUCCAUCUGUGCCCAGUGGCACUUAUGCCAGAGCAAAUGUGCGGGCCGUUGCUGGCUUAGAGGCACGACUGGCUUCUCGUGGUGCUGGGAAACCUGCUGGGAAACAGCCUACAGUGCUAGUUGCUCGGGUGCGCUAUAUGAAUUAAUGUUGGCAACAGGGCCAGAAUUAGGUUCAAUGCGGCCCUCGGCUCCUGAAGGUAAUGGGGCCCUUUAUAUGUCCAGCUGUCCUUUGCCAACAACAAAUUGUCGCUGUUUUUGUGUGUUGAAUAUAUGCUAUAUGGUCAUUUAUGGACCUAAUAGGUAUCUCAAGCCAUUUGCCCAUGUUGCCCUGCAACCAGUCCAUGCAGAAUGUAGGCACCCUGUAUAUAGAAAGGAGGAAAGCAGUGAUAUUUUAGGGAGCAGGCUAGCAGGCGGGGCCCCUGACUUGCAUCCUAGGAGCCUAAACAACACAAAACACUGUUGCUGUACGUAGGUUUUAUUUUAUUUGUUUUUUAUCUUGUAUUUUGGAAAUGUACAUCCAGGGGUGUUUUUUUUUCCAUUGAAUUUUUUUUGUGGGCCCCCAAGAGAGUGGGGCCCUAAGCUAGAGCUUAUCUAGCUUAUACAGUGGUACCUCGGGUUACAGAUGCUUCAGGUUACAAACUCCGCUAACCCAGAAAUAGUACCUCGGGUUAAGAACUUUGCUUCAGGAUGAGAACAGAAAUCACGCAGCAGCAGUGGGAGGCCCCAUUAGCUAAAGUGGUGCUUCAGGUUAAGAACAGUUUCAGGUUAAGAACGGACCUCCAGAACGAAAUAAGUUCUUAAAUGAGUAUGUAAAUCCCGCACUGGUCGGCAGUGAGAUCUCCUUGAUAACUAAACAAACGAUUACUCCGUCUUUCCACCUGGCGCUUUUGCAAACAGAACAGGAUUCAGAAAGCAAAUAACCUUCUUUUCAUCUCUUAACAGCAGCCUGGGGCUGCAUUGCCAAAUCCUGGAAGUCUUAAUAAUUUGGACUGUUUGGCAAAUCACCCUCCGGGAAGUGAUGUAUCACAAACUAAGAGCUUAAAUGGCUGUUUUUUAAAUACAUGGCAUGAUUUUAUUUCUUACUCAAAUAUUGAGGCACCUGGUCAUUCAGUGCCGUCAGUACAUGCGAAUGUCUGGCUCAUUUAAGACUAUAGAGAAACUUUAUUCUCAGUAAUGAUGGCAUUCACAGGUGGAGAUAACUUAUUUAUAUUUAUUAUUUGUAAGGGGAAUCUUUGUGUAAGUUAAUACUUUAUUAUUCCAUUAGAGCUGUGCUGUGUCUUUGAACUUUUGUCCUUCCAGGCUGUGACACUUUAUGGUUUAAAUUUUCAAUUAUUUGUGUUAUGUUUGCACUUUUUUUUGUUAACAAAUCAAUAAUAUAUCUAUAUAUUUAAAAUGAAUGGCCUUUGGCAAUCUUAACCUCACUUAAAACAAUUUGAAGAUGUAGAACAACGCUAUGACGCCAUUACUGUGGAGACUUCAUUUUAUUUUUCAGUUUUUCAAAUUAACAAUAAUCGUCAUCAAAUACCAUUGCAUACAUAGUUGUUUAGACUUCCCUCCUCCCCUUCCUUGGUUCCCUAUACAAACAUUUUAAAAACUGCAUCUCCUCCUUAACUCCUUUUACUUAUCACUCUCUAUAUUUCUUCCAAAAUCACCUUUUAACUGCUAGAUUUUAAAUUAAUCCUGCUAAGGUACUUAAUUGUUUACAGUUUUAGAUACAAUAGUCCAAAUAUCUCCCCCAUUCUUUGUUUAAAAACUCUUUCUUCUUGAUUUCUGAAUCUUCCCGUAAGUUUUGACAUUUCUGCGGAGUCCAUUAACUUCGCCAUUCUUCCUUUGGGAGACUUCAUGGGUAACACAAAUGACUAGGUACUCCUUGCUCCAGGGAGCGCACAGAGUGUAAAUUUUGUCAGAGAUUUGAAGAGGAGGGUUUAACCAGCUGUGUAUUAAGCCGAGUUUCUGUAGCUCAGCUUACCCCAGACUGGAUCUCCCCAGAUGUUUUGAUCUACAUCUCCCAUCAGGUUCAGGGUUGGCGAGAGUUGUACUGUACUCCAGAACAUUAAUAAUAAUAAUAAUAAUAAUAAUAAUAAUAAUAAUAAUAAUUUAUUAUACCCUGCCCAUCUGGCUGGGUUUCCCCAGCCACUCUGGGCGGCUUCCAACAGAAUAUUAAAAUACAAUAAUCUCUUAAACAUUAAAAGCUUCCCUAAACAGGGCUGCCUUCAGAAAUCUCCUAAAAGUCUGGCAGGUUUGUAAACACUGUUGUAUAUAUAAUGAGUCCAGUUAAAAAGAAAGGCGUUGUUAAAAGAAUUCCCUACUCCUGCUAACUUGUAUCGCACCUCCAGGACCCCGUCCAUUUACAAAAAAGAAAAAGGCACCAAAAUGGAUUUUGCAUGAUCACAGAAUGAUGGAAAGGGUCUGCUAUAAUCUGUGUUCAACUCCUGUUUUCCUAUGAACUCUAAAGUUUCUGCAGCUUCUCACAGAGUGUUUUCUGUUGUGGUUUGCUCUCGUUUUUACAGGUUGAAGACGUCUCUGGUCGUCUGAAGGAUUCAGAUACCCAAAAGGAUAAAUUAAUUGCUGGAGGGUAUUUCCGUUUCAUAUUUGCAAUGGAGAAAUACGAAAAAAUCAGCAAGAUUGGGGAAGGCUCCUACGGGGUGGUGUUCAAGUGCCGGAACAGGGACACGGGUCAGAUUGUGGCCAUCAAGAAGUUUCUGGAAUCGGAAGACGAUCCUGUUAUCAAAAAAAUUGCCCUUCGGGAGAUCCGCAUGUUAAAGGUAACUUCGUCAGAAUCCCGUUGUGGGGAAUCCAGUUAAACGAGGGGCUGCCUACAGAUUCAUUUUCCCACAAAUUAAAUAAUGUUCUUCUUUUUAACCAAUUUUAUUGACCGAAUGAUUUUAAGAUUAAAAAGGAAGAAGAAAUCAUCAGCACAUCACAGCACAGGUAUAUUCCCUAAUACACUAACUUUUGUGGAGCUUUGUUUGAUUAGAGAUCUGCUCUGGGAAAUUUGGGCCGGUGCGAAAUUUAAAGCAUGCCUGUGCUUUGGUUCUGGUAAUCUUUUGGAACCUGCAAAAAUCUGAUAGAUUGGGCUACUGCAAUGCGCUCUACGUGGGGCUACCUUUGAAGGUGACCCGGAAACUACAACUAAUCCAGAAUGCGGCAGCUAGACUGGUGACUGGAGGCGGUCCCUGGGACCACAUAACACCGGUCUUGAAAGAUCUACAUUGGCUCCCAGUAUGUUUCCGAGCACAAUUCAAAGUGUUGGUGUUGACCUUUAAAGCCCUAAAGCGCCUCGGUCCGAUAUAUCUGAAGGAGCAUCUCCACCCCCAUCGUUCUGCCCAGAAACUGAGGUCCAGCGCCAAGGACCUUCUGGGGGUUCCCUCCCUGCGAGAAGCCAAGUUACAGGGAACCAGACAGAGGGCCUUCUCAGUAGUGGCACCCGCCCUGUGGAAUGCCCUCCCACCAGAUGUCAAAGAGAUAAACAACUACCUGACAUUUAGAAGACAUCUGAAGGCAGCCCUGUUCAGGGAAGCUUUUAAUGUGUGACAUUUUAGUGUAUUUUUCGUCUUUGUUGGAAGCCGCCCAGAGUGGCUGGAAAAACCCAGCCAGAUGGGCAGGGUACAAAUAAUAAAUUAUUAUUAUUAUUAUUAUUAUUAUUAUUAUUUGAAUGCAAACCGUAUCAAAUCACUCCCCCAUCCCUAAUCACGGCAUCCCUGCCUGCCAUCCUUCCUUUUUGGCAAACUAGGAGAAGCUUGCUAGUUUGAGAGUUGGCGUCAGAAGCUGCCACCGGCCAAACAUUGGGUCUGGCAAAUGGCGACUGGUGUGCCCACCCAGCUUUUGCACAGUUUCUGCUGUGCAGGAGAACUUCCCUGGGGGUGUUCACCUUGGAGAUCAGAUCUCCCUCUAGCCCAGCCUUUGCCAACCCGGCGCCCUCCGCACUACAACCUCCAUCAUCAGCCCCUGACAGCAUCUUUCUUUUUUUGUUUGCAUUUUAUUUAUUUAUUAACAUUCUUAUAUCACAUCGGUAAACAUUGUCAUAUUACAUUACAGGGCUUACUAUAAUAUGAUUUCCAACAUGUAUACAAAAAUUAUAUACACAUUUUAUAUACCUAGAAAGAAAAGGAAAACAAAAGGAAAGAACAAAGGAAAAAAACAAAAAACAAUUUUUCCAAAAAUCAUAUACAUACCAACACACUAGACUUCCUGUCUUUCCCGUUGUAUUGUCCUUUUUUACAAAUGAAUGUACUCUUAUUAUUGUACAUUUCUUUACAUAUUAUCUAAUACAUUCCUAUAUCAAUAUGUGCUCUUAGUCUUAUUUCUCAACUCAGCCUCACUCCCAUGUCAAUCAAAUGCUAGCAUAGAUAGCGAACCUUUGCUGUAUUUUUGAACGUGUGUUUUAUAUCUAACCCACUUUUCCAUAAAUUUUUGUUUUGAAUUGCCUCUCAGGGUAUUGGUUAACUGCGCCAUUUCAGCAAAUUCUUGGAGCUUUGUAAUGCCAGUCCGUUAUUGUCGGGCUUUUCGUUCCUUCCACCCCUUUGCCACCAAAGUCUGAGCUGCGCCCGUUGCACAUAAGAGCCCCUGACAGCAUCACUGCUGGCUGCUUUGGCCUUUAAGGACAUAUCCCACAUCUCGGCUUUGUCUCAGGGUAGUGUUCUGAGCUUAAGGGACGUGAGAGCUCAACGCAGCCGUUGCUGUUUCCCCCCUUGCUAGGGAUAUAUUUCCCGUCUCCCCUCUUUGUUCUGAACGGUUUUAAAGUCCAGCUUCGUGUCCCAGGGUGCAAGAAUGUGUCACCUAGGAAACAUCAGGGGGGUGCCUGGGUGCGGCUUUUCCUGGGAGACGCUGGCCGAGCGCGCUAACUAAGCCAUCUUACUCUGUGGCUCCUAAUCUCUGGUUUCAUUUUGGCGCAUCUCCCAGAGCCCUUGGCAUUCUCGCCGGCAUUGUUGUAGGAACACAAGGAGCAGGCGGUGUGGUCUCCUUGGGCUGAAUGGUCUGUGCUUUGCUCCCAGCAGGGAAGGAUAAAAUUGUAGAGUUGGAAAAGGGGCUCCAAGAGGUAUCUAGUCCAACCCCCCUUUAAUGCAGGAAUAGGCAGCUGUCCCUUACGGGGAUCGAACCUGCAACCUUGGCGUUAUCACAACUGAGCUAUCCCGGCCCAAGUAUCACCUCUGGCGGAGAUUUCCCUGAACCACAGUGUAACGUCCGAUAGAGGAACUGUUUAGCUAGAAGAGCUUUGUUUGCUCAUUAAUAUUGUGAAAUAAUAAUAAUAAUAAUAGGGACGUGGGUGGCGCUGUGGGUUAAACCACAAAGCCUAGGGCUUGCCGAUCAGAAGGUUGGCGGUUCGAAUCUGCAAGAUGGGGUGAGCUCCCGUUGCUCGGUCCCUGCUCCUGCCAACCUAGCAGUUUGAAAGCACGUCAAAGUGCAAGUAGAUAAAUAGGUACCGCUCUGGUGGGAAGGUAAACGGUGUUUCCGUGUGCUGCUCUGGUUCGCCAGAAGCGGCUUAGUCAUGCUGGCCACAUGACCUGGAAGGUGUACGUCGGCUCCCUUGGCCAAUAAAGCGAGAUGAGCUCUGCAACCCAAGAGUCAGGGGUCCCUUUACAUCAUAAUAAUAAUAAUAAUAAUAAUAAUAAUAAUAAUAAUAAUAAUAAUUUAUUUAUACCGAUAAGAACAGAACACCAGCCCAUGCGAUAAGAACAGAACACCAGCCCAUCAGGCCCCUCUAAGUGAAGCAUCCUGUUCUCACAGGGGCCACCCACAAGCAGGAGUCGAACACAAGAGCAACUCUCCCCCCCCCCCGGGGUUUCCAGCAGCUAGUGUAGCCUUAUUGGAGUUCACCGAUUGGGUCUGCGUUGCUCCCAGACAGGAGGAAGGAAGUCAAAUGACACCGAGGUUUGGUUCAGAGAAAGGGUUCUUUAUUUUUGCUCUCCGGAACAGCAGAAAGGCACUUGCAUGGUCAGUCCACAGCAAGUCCAAAGAAAUGAGGAAUUGCAUGCAGUAUAUAUAUCCUCCAGGCACCCUCUCCCCCCUUCCCCAGGAAUCCAACCACGUCAGCCUAUACACGCAGGUUGACAUCACAUAUGUUCCUGCUCCGGUACUCUUAACCAUAAAAGGGUAUUCCUUCCUGUACUUCUGACCAUAAAAGGGUAUUCCUGUUCCUAUACUCUUAUCUUGGAGCAAGAGGUCACCAUCUCCAAGAACACACUCUGGCGCUGUUCCCGGACUAGGUCUGUGCGUCAGAGUGUGGUAAGAUAAGACCCAGACAUGUCAUCCCUACUCCGCUGGAACAGCCAAGGUCAUCCUUGCCAUCACAAACUGAUAAAGGAGAGGGCUCUGAGCACUUGUUUAUACAGCCGGGUUUUUGUUUAUACAUUGACUCAUAGCUCGUUAAUGGAUUUUAGCUAAGGAAAAAUAGGAUUUUGGUGCCCGUUUCAAACCGCCUGCACAGUCAGUUUUUGGGUUUGGGAAACCCAUUCCUUUACUAGUAUUCAGAACUCCCUCCUGUGGCAGAGAGUCCCACAGUUUAACUACAUGCUGCAUGAAGAAUGGGCUGGCUACCACCCUCUCCCUUUGUGCACUGUGUCACAGGCGCAAGGCUAGUCAAUGGCCCAGACUAUGCAAAUGGUAGCCUGCAAAUUAAAACACAUUCUGCAUAUUAUUAUUAUUAUUAUUAUUAUUAUUAUUAUUAUUGGUGUUUGUUUAUGCCACGUAACUUUGCCAUAAUGGUGUAAACACAUUGAUUUCCGCCAAUCCUUGGACAAAUUCGUAGAUAGUUCCUGGGGAGUCACAGUGCUGUCUUGUUUCUGGGGCUUCCCAUCAAUGGUUCCCCCCACCUAAGUUUUUUGUUGUUCUUAUGUUAUUGUAUUUUAAUGCUUUGCUGGAAGCCACCUAGAGUGGUUGGGGAAACCCAGCCAGAUUGGUGGGGUAUAAAUUAUUAUUAUUAUUAUUAUUAUUAUUAUUAUUAUUAUUAUUAUUAUUUGUAAGCCGCCUUGGGUCCCUGUCAUGGAAAAAAUUGGGGUAUAAAUAAAUAUUUCAUCAUUUUAACAAUAAUUUCAAGCAAGAAACAGAGCAAUCAGAGCCUGUUGCUUUUUCACAAGCCUUGCACUCUUAAAAAAAAGGACCGUUCCUGACACGCUCUUCUGGCCUGCAGAUGUCUGCAUAACCUUUAUCUGCCGCAUCAGAGUCGCCGUUUCCUUGGUGCAAGAUUUGCCGUGGGUGACGGCCGUUACCCACCGUGGGCUGUGCCUGCCAUAAGUCUUCCGUAUACAAUACCCUGGCACCGAACUUGAGUCGCUGCCCAUCAGCUAAGAGCUGGAGAUUAGGCCGUUCGCAGGAAUUUGCUUAUUGUCAAAGCACAGAAUUGUACAGCAGGAAGGGACCCUGAGGGUCAUCCAUCCCAACCCCCUGAAAUGCAUGUCGUACCCAUCCAACCUCUUGCUUGAUUGCAUCAAAGUUCUAUCCAUUCCAGAGACACCUGAGGCCUGAUAGAGCCUGGCAGAAUGGAAAUGUUUUCUGCAGGCAUUUAAAUGUUGGCACAGAAGGGGCUCGCUCAAUCUCUAGUGGCAGGGGGUUCCACAGGACUGGGACAAUAACCCUAAAGGCUCGGUUUCUUGUUAUUGUCAAAUGAGCCUCAUCAGCUUGGGAAAUGACCAAAGGUGUUCCUGCAGAUGAUCUCAAGGAUCGAGCUGGGAUAGAAGGGUUCGGGGGGGGGGGUCCCUGAGACACCCCGGUCCUAAGCUGUUCUGGGCUUUGUAAAUUAAUACAAAAACCUUGAAUCCGGCUUGGUUGUUAAGUGCCUCAGCUAAGCCUGCCUUCCCCCAAACUGGGGUCAAUAUCAGAUGUUGUUCCUUUUAAUUAAUUAUUAUUUAAUCAAUAAUUAAAUCAAUAAUUUAAUUAUUAAUCAAAUAAAUAAAUAAAUCAUCAAUUUAAUUAAUUAAUUAAUUAAUUAAUUAAUUAUUGAGUUGCUUAUUAAUCAAACUAACAAUUUAAUUCAUUAUUAGUUUAGUUAAUUUGUUUAUACGUGCAAACAAAAGUAAAACAAGCACAGUAUUUAUGUAUUUUUUAAGCCAAUUAUUCGCUGUGGAACUCACUCCCACUGGAGGCAGUGAUGAUCACCAACCUGGGUGGCUUUAAAAGAGGACGAGACAAAUUCAGGGAGGAGAGGACUAUUAAUGGCUAUGCUCUGCGUCCAGAGUCAGAGGCAGUGAUGUCACUGUUGCAGGAAACCCCAGGAGGAGAGAAGGGCUGCUCUUGUGCCUGGGUGCUGCUUGCGGGUUUCCCACUAGGGCAGUGAAAUAUACUCUGAGUCGAGAGUGGAUUUCAUGCUCUUUAUUCAGCUCAUAGGGGUGAGGAGGAAUGAAAGCUUCCCCAAAGUAUCUGCUUUAUAUACAUUAUUUCCACAAUGGGCCCCACGUGAUUGGCUAAUUCUGGAAUUCUCCUGUAGGCCAAUCAGGUUGUGGAUUCACUUCUAUCUGGAGCUGGAUUGGCUGGCUCCUGCAGACCAAUCAGACUGCUGCAUUUUGGAUCCUAUUCAACUCAGUACAUAACAGGCAGCCUAUCUCAACCUGUGGGUCCCCAGAUGUUGUUGAACUACAACUCCCAUCACCCCUAGCUAGCAAGGCCAGAGCUCAGGGAUGAUGGGAGUUGUAGUCCAACAACAUCUGGGGACCCACAGCUUGAGAAUCACUGCACUAGGGCAUCUGGUUGGCCACUGUGAGAACAGGAUGCUGGACUUGAUGGGUCAUUGGCCCUGAUCCAGCGGGUUCUCCUAUGUUCUUAAGUUCAGCAGGAAGCUCUGGAACAUGCGCUGACGGUAUGAAACGGUGUGCCCACCCGAAAGCCUUUGCAGAUGCAAAAAAUAAUAAAAAUAAUAAUUUAUUAUUUAUACCCCGCCCACCUGGCUGGGUUUCCCCAGCCACUCUGGGCAGCUUCCAAUACAACACUAAAAUACAAUAACCUAUUAAACAUUAAAAGCUUCCCUAAACAGGGCUGCCUUCAGAUGUCUUCUAAAAGUUUGGUAGUUAUUUUUCUCUUUGACAUCUGGUGGGAGGGCGUUCCACAGGGAGGGUGCCACCACCGAGAAGGCCCUCUGCCUGGUUCCCUGUAACUUGGCUUCUCGCAGUGAGGGAACCACCAAAAGGCGCUCGGCACUGGACCUCCAUGUCCGGGCAGAACGAUGGGGGUGGAGAUGCUCCUUCAGGUAUACUGAACCGAGGCUGUUUAGGGCUUUCAAGGUCAGCACCAACAAUUUGAAUUGUGCUCAGAAACGUCCUGGGAGCCACUGUAGGUCUUUCAAGACUGGUGUUAUGUGGUCUCGGCGUCUGCUCCCAGUCACCAGUCUAGCUGCCGCAUUCUGGAUUAGUUGUAGUUUCCGGGUCACCUUCAAAGGUAGCUCCACAUGUUGACUGUGUAUGACCAUCCUCAGCACAAAUAAUAAUUAAUGCUUGAUUUUAAAAACUUUGGUGGUCCCCUUUGGCAGACCAGUUUGUGUGUCUUGCUGGAAACCAGCUUCCUUCAGUGGGAACCUUUGGCCCUCCAGAUGUUGAGGAACUGGAAUCCAGUGGCAUCUCGUGGGCUAGAGAUUCCUCUUCCCUAGUCUGCUGUCCCCAGUGCCCAAAACCCUCUUGCCGAAAUAAUAAUAAUAAUAAUAAUAAUAUAUUAUUUAUACCCCGCCCAUCUGGCUGGGCUUCCCCAGCCACUCUGGGCAGCUUCCAACAAAAUAUUAAAAUACAAUAGUCCUUCAGAUAUUAAAAGCUUCCCUAAACAGGGCUGCCUUCAGAUGUCUUCUAAAAGUCUGGUAGUUGUUCUUCUCUUUGACAUCUGGUGGGAGGGAGUUCCACAGGGCGGGUGCCACUACCGAGAAGGCCCUCUGCCUGGUUCCCUGUAGCUUUGCUUCUCACAAUGAGGGAACCGCCAGAAGGCCCUCGGAGCUGGACCUCAGCAUCCAGGCCGAAUGAUGGGGGGUGAGACGCUCCUUCAGGUAUCCUGGGCCGAGGCUGUUUAGGGCUUUCAAGGUCAGCACCAACACUUUGAAUUGUGCUCAGAAACGUAGUGGGAGCCAAUGCAGAUCUUUCAAGCUGGCUGUGGGUCUCUACAGCCUGCAGAGAAACCCAGCAGCUCAGGCCAGGCUCCCGGAUGACAAAUGCGCCUUCUGGCCACACACCCGUCGGUCAACAAAACGAGAAAGGCGAUGGGGCUGAGAGGGAACGUUUGCCAGCCUCCGCUCUGGGUUGGUUCCGGCAAGCGUGGGCUUGCUGCUCCGCCAUCGCUCAGAAAACACCUUCUCAGUCAAUAGUAACAGAUUGUUUGUUUGAGAAGCGGAGAAGGGCUGAGCAACGGAAGGGCUUGUCCGACAUCUCAGGCGGCUGCACGUUCAGCAGGGGGAAAUGGGAUUCCUGAUCAGUCAUUUUUCAGCCGUGUAAACACUUGCAGGACAAAGGCCCCAGUGGCACACAGAAGCCCGGAUCAGGGAGAUUAAAGAGGCCCCGCUGUUUAUCUUCCUUUUUUCUCCCUCUCUCUCUCUUUCUCUGUUUGAGAUGCAAAUGAUGGGUUUUGAAAUAUAUGGGAGGCAGGAGCGCCAGAGCCUUUCUCCUCCUCCUCGCUGUGAUGUUGUUAGCAGCUCUGUGUUGAGCUGGGCAUUCAAAGGGACUUUGAAGACUAAGAUAAUCAAAGGUGGGUUUCUGCAGCUGACCAAGGGAAAAGGCGUGUUUAUUGGAGAAUGGAGUUUGCAGGUGUGGAAGGAAAAACUGAUACAUGAGAGAGGCCAGCAUAACAGGAAUUCAUGCCCACGUUUAGAAUGGAAAGAUUUCGCUUAUUCAUUUCGUUUAUUCAAUUCAUCCCAUUUGUUGUUGUUUAGUCAUUUAGGACAGAUGGUAGGGGAAAUGGAAUUGCAGGUUGGUUGUGCUGACAGCAAGACUUACGUUGUGCUUGUGGCAAAAGUUCACUGCCUGGAGGGUCUGCCAAGUGAUGCUUUUCACGAGGUGCUCCGGGACUCUGCAAAGAGAAUUAAAAAGAAGAGAAGGAGGAGAGAGCUUGAAAUUCCACAACCGCUUGACACAAGUCCAUCAGCAAAGGGAAGGGAUGGUGACAGGUUGUAUUCCUGCACUGGGGUUUUGUUGUUUAGUUAUGUCCGACUCUUCGUGACCCCCUGGACCAGAGCACGCCAGGCACUCCUGUCUUCCACUGCCUCCCACAGUUUGGUCAAACUCAUGCUGGUAGCUUCGAGAACACUGUCCCACCAUCUCGUCCUCUGUCGUCCCCUUCUCCUUGUGCCCUCCAUCUUGCCCAACAUCAGGGUCUUUUCCAGGGAGUCUUCUCUUCUCAUGAGGUGGCCAAAGUAUUGGUGCCUCAGCUUUAGGAUCUGUCCUUCCAGUGAGCACUCAGGGCUGAUUUCCUUAAGAAUGGAGAGGUUGGAUCUUCUUGCAGUCCAUGGGACUCUCAAGAGUCUCCUCCAGCACCAUAAUUCAGAAGCAUCCAUUCUUCAGCGAUCAGCCUUCUUUAUGGUCCAGCUCUCACUUCCAUACAUCACUACUGGGAAAACCAUGGCUUUAACUAUACAGACCUUUGUUGGCAAGGUGAUGUCUCUGCUUUUAAGAUGCUGUCUAGGGUGGUCAUUGCGUUUCUCCCAAGCAGCAGGCGUCUUUUAAUUUUGUGACUGCUGUCACCAUCUGCAGUGAUCAUGGAGCCCAAGAAGAUAAAAUCUCUCACUGCCUCCAUUUCUUCCCCUUCUAUUUGCCAGGAGGUGAUGAGACCAAUGGCCAUGAUCUUCGUUUUUUUGAUGUUGAGCUUCAGACCAUAUUUUGUGCUCUCCUCUUUCACCCUCAUUAAAAGGUUCUUUAAUUCCUCCUCAUUUUCUGCCAUCAAGGUUCCUUUUUCUCCAAAGAGCUCAAGGGGGCCUGCACAUUUCUCUUCCUCCUCAAUUAAUUCCCGCAACGACCCUGUGAGCCAGUGACUGGCCUACAACCACCCACUGAGGUUCAUGGCCAAGUGGGGAGUUUCUUAAUUUUGUUGUUGUUUGUUAUUAAGUAGGACGUCCUUAUUUUCAUCAUAGAGAUAUUGGAGGGGAUGUAGCUUUAACUGAUUUUUAUUGUCUUUGGUUACUCAUGUAUUGCUAAGAUAUUGUUGUGAUUAAGUGGUAUGGCAAAUUGUUGAAAUAUAUAUAUAAUAAAUAUUUUUCAUGGAAAUGGAAACAUUUACUUAAUUCUUAGUGACGCCUCUCAACUUCCAUAUUCCUUUUUCUUCAUACACUUUUAAAAAUUAUUCUUACACAACAUGAAGAUAAGGAAAGGGAAGGGAAGGAAAGCCCUCCACAUUUUUUCUCCAUCCAUUUCUAUGCAAAAAAGCAAAACGAACUUGGUAACCCCAGCAGAAGAAUGCAAAUAAAGUCAAUGCACAACUGACCUGGAGACUCAACCUUGCAGCUGUUUAAAGGAUGGAAUUAAGAAAUGCAGGGUUUUGGUUUGGGGUUUUUGUAUGUGUAUAUUUGCAAGGAACGCAAGUCUGCUGAGAGAACGUCCCCUCUGCUCUGAUCUUUUGUGGGGAAAGAGCUGUGGUUUGCACACUUUGCACAUGCUCAGAACUCUUUUCCCUCUCUGGGUUCUUGCUUUGACCAGGGAGCUCUGAGUUCAAGUCUCCAUCUGACCACAAAGCUGACUGGGUGACCUGAGCUUGCUUGCUCUCUCUCUCUGUCAACUCCUUCACAUGGCGGUUGUUAGAAUAAAAAAGGGGGGGACAUGUAUUAUUUACAUUUUAUUUUAUUAGAUUUACUUUAGUUUUCCAGCCUGCUUUUCAGGGUCUCGGCCCUCAUGAAGUAGAGUGCAACGUACUUUUAAAAAAGAAAGAAUUUCAAGCCAUAGAGAGAGGAAUACCCAGCUAAUCAACAAAUAGCCGCCUAUUUAUUCCAGUGUGCAUUUGGCUAAUUUUAGUGUACUGCGCUUGUAACUGAGGUUAUUAUCUGUGGCUGUUAUCUCAUUUAUUGUCUUAAGAGUGCAGCAGGAGAUAGUUCCUUGGUUACGGGUUCAAUCCACAGUCCUCUUAGAAUAAGGUUACCAGAUUUUUUUCAAUGAAUCCGGGGACACGUUAAAUAAAUAAAUACAUAAAUACUACACGUUCGGGACGUUGAUGCUGCAGCGAUGGUGGUGGCAGAGGGGCUGCCGCUGCCUUGACCUCAACUGCCACGUUUCCCCUUCCUCCAAGGCUUCUAUCUCCUUUCUCCAUGAGCCUGGGCAGCCCCUGAGUUGUUAGUUCUUCGGUGGUGGGGGGUUGUGCAGUGGUUUAGGCAUGGAAGGCGGAGAAGGAGGGCCGAGAGCGGUGGUGGUGGCGAGGCUCGGGCAGCGCGAUGCCUCCCUUCCCAUCGGAGCAGCCCCAAUCCCAUUCCUACUUGUGUGCAAGCAGGAGGGGGCGGGGAUCCCUCAGCUGGGAAGGGAGGCUUCCUGUUGCCUAACAGAGAGAUCUCUGCCCCCUCCUGCUUUCACGCAAGCUCUGAUAGGCAGCGUGAAGCCUCCCUUCACAGCUGAGAGAUCCCUGCCAUGCUCCUGUUUGCACGCAAGUAGGAGUUGUGAGGCUGCUCCAAUAGGCAGCAUGAAGCCCCCCUUCACAGCUUAGUUGCGGGGGUCAGGGAAGGGGGAGGCAGCCCGGAAGCUGCAUCUUGGAGCCCCUGCACCACCAUCAGAUGGGGACUUCCCAGCAGCUCCUGAAGCCAGCCAGAGCCAACUGCUCCGGGCUGCUGAGACUGCCGCUGCUGCGUUUCCCGGGGACAUUAGAUGAAAUCCGGGGACAUUCCGGGGAUGGAAUUUGUCCGGGGACUUAUUCACAAAUCCGGGGACUGUUCCCGGGAAACGGGGACGUCUGGUAACCCUAUCUUAGAAUGCCCUCCUGUCCUUUCCAGCAACUGAAACACCCCAACUUGGUCAACCUCUUGGAGGUUUUUCGAAGGAAGAGAAAGCUCCACCUGGUCUUUGAAUACUGCGACCACACAGUCCUCCAUGAGCUGGACAAGAACCCACGGGGGUAAGUAGCUAGUCCCUGGUGUGACUCCCCUGUAACCCCUCUGUCAACAAACCAGCGCAAAACAAGAGUACACCAUUUAGGCACCAGUUUAGAGCCAAUUGGACCAGGCUGGGUUUGGGGCCCUUUACUCGUGACCCCGGUUUGAGUGGCAAUCGCUCAGUUUUUUGGGGGGGCAGCGUCACAAAAAGUUGGGUUUGUGGCACAAAACCAGCACAAAACUUUGGCACCUGUUUGGAGUCAACCAGACAAGAUUGGAUUUGGGGGCAUUAACUUGCGACCCUGUUUUUGCUUCGUCAAUUAUGCGGUUGGAGGGGCAGCACGGAAUGUGGAGUUCGCAGCCCAAAAUGGCACAAAACUAUAGCACAAAACUUUGACAUCAGUUUGAGGGGGGGUGCAGAACUUCGGGGUCACGCAUUAAUUAAGCUUCAGUGAAUGCUGGGGAGAGACGAUUUUGACUUACUGUUGCUGCGGUUUGGUUGUUUUAAGAUAGAGUUAGGGUUAGCAGACGUCCCCAGAUUUGCAAAUCUGUCCCUGGACAAAUUCUGUCCCCGGAAUGUCCCCAGAUUUGCAAAUCUGUCCCCGGGAAACAUGGCAGCGGCAGCCUCAGCAGCCCAGAACCAGCCUGGUAGUGCAGUUGGCUCUGGCUGGCUUCAGGAGCUGCUUGCUGCCAUGGCGCCCGCCAUUUUUGCUCGCCGGAAGUCCCCAUAUGAUGUGUCUUGUGCACAUAGGAUGUGACUUGUGUGAUCUCCUUCCCCCUUUGUUUUGACUGAUCGGGGGAGGCUUGGGAGUUGCUGGCGGGCAGUCGUUGCCCAGUUUUUUAAAAAACUCUGUGCAUUUAUGUUUCACAGGGUGCGAAAGAAGGGCUUUGCACAUUUAUACAAUAUGCAUGUGUGCUUGAGCCCAGGGUCUUUUGCCUCACCAUCCCCACUACUGACUCCCUGUUGCUACUCAGCUUCAAAAAAAAAAAAAAAAAGUGUCCCCGGAUCAAUUGAAAAAAAUCUCGUAACCAUAUUUUAAGAACGUAAGAAGAGGCCUGUUGUCUUUGUCCAUGGAGUUUUCUUGGCAGGGAUACUGGAGUGGCUUGCCGGUUCCUCCUCCAGGUGGAUCACGUUUGGUCUAAACUCUCCACUAUGACCUGUCCAUCUUGGGUGGCCCUGCACGGCAUAGCUCAUAGCUUCUCUGAGUUAUUCAAGCCCCUUCGCCACGGCAAGGCAGUGAUCCAUGAAGGGUGCUGGAGGAGACUCUUGAGAAUCCCAUGGACUGCAAGAAGAUCAAACCUCUCCAUUCUGAAGGAAAUCAGCCCUGAGUGCUCACUGGAAGGACAGAUCCUGAAGCUGAGGCUCCAAGACUUUGGCCACCUCAUGAGAAGAGAAGACUCCCUGGAAAAGACCCUGAUGUUGGGAAAGAUGGAGGGCACAAGGAGAAGGAGACGACAGAGGAGAUGGCUGGACCGUGUUCUCGAAGCUACCAGCAUGAGUUUGACCAAACUGGGGGAGGCAGUGGAAGACAGGAGUGCCUGGCGUGCUCUGGUCCAGGGGGUCACGAAGAGUCGGACACGACUAAACAAGAAGAAGAAGAAGAAGAAAAGGCUGCUGGAUCAGUCCAGUGGCAUAAGAUGGAGAUGCUCACUGCAUUAGCAUUCCUAUUGAAGAUCUUGCUCGCCCAUUAGGUGUCAUGGGGGGGGGGUCAUAGCUUGGGACACAGCGCAGAGAAUGAGUCAGGCCUCUUCCCAGCUUCAGACAAGGAUGGUCCCCCGGCAGAUUCCCUUACACCCAGGAAGACAUUGUCUGCAGCCUGCCUAAUAUCAAGUGGCAGGGAGUUCCAAAGUGGAUCAUUGGCAGCCUUGUAAAUGAGCAAUGUUACCAUUUGGAGGUGAAUUGACACCUUUAGGCAGACAAAAUGGAAUUGCCCAGAGCUUUCAUUAUCAUGCCUCCUUCUCUCUCUCUCUCUCUCUUUUAAGUAUAUCUGUAUUGACUUAAAAUAAAUACAUUUAUGGGAAGACGGACAAACGAACAAAUAAACAAACAUACAAUCAAACAAACACAUAAUGAAGAAGUCAAACAAACAACCACAAUAUAAGAAACAACAAAAUUAGUAUAACUAGCAUCAUUUAUACUCCCGAUACUGAAAUUAAUUAUAAAACAUAUAAAGAAAGAAAUUAAAAAUGACUUCCAAUUAAUCUCACUGUACUUUAUCUAUCAAUUACCUUAUACCGCACAGUUGCAUAUUUCUUAUCUAGUCUCUUUUUAUAUCAUGCCUCCUUCUCAACAGCGUUUUUGCUCCGAGAAUCAAGCAAACCACAGACUCCAGCCAAACCACAACCAUGUUUCAGGGAGUGUGGGGUUGAGAACUGGAUCUGCCGUCUGGGGUGCUGCCAUUGUGAAAAGAACUGCAUUUAAAUUAUUUUCGUUUUAAAUCUUCAGGGGAGGGCAGAAUAAAAAGUCCCAUACAUGUUGCAAAUUCCUGAGAUGUUGGACUGGACAAGUACAACAUUUUUUAAAAACAACCACCAUCCUGUGGGACACAUGGUUUUUGGAUUCCCCAUGGAUGAGACCCCAUCUCUGGGGGAACGGGGCCAAGGGUGGUCCUGUGCAAGCGGUUGCCAGGGGGUCUCCUUCACUGCCUGCAAUAUGUAGCAAUAAACCGUCUCCUAAAAGUCACACAGGGACAGCUGCAGUGACUUUCACUGGUUCCGGCGCCUGCGAGAACCCUUUCCCCUUUCAUUUGUCAUUUUUAUCACCCAGUUUUUCUCUGCAUGAUGGUUUCAGACUUGCUGAUUCUGUUCACAUGAAAAGUUUUUAAAGUUGUGUCAGCUUCUUCUCUGAGCUUCCUUAUGCUGGGACCUUCUGCAUUCAAAGCAAUUUUUCUGACACUAAAUUACGGCCAAUCUCUGUGUGUGAACAGAGUUAUACAAAGCCAGACUGUUUGUCCACCUAGCUCAGUGUUGUUGACUCUGACUCGCCAAACCCACCUAGAGAGAUACCGGGGGGUUUGGUGCAUAGUUAAACUAUGGAACUCACUGCCACAGGAGUCAGUCCUGGCCACUAACCUAGAAGGCUUUAAAAAAGAGGAUUAGGCAAAUUCACAGAGCAGAAAAAGGCUAUUGAUAGCUAUUAGCUAUGAUGGCUCGGCUCAGGCGCCAUACUUUGGGCAGCAAUGCAUUUGAAUACCAGUUUCUGGAAACCGCAGGUCCUGCAGCAGGGAGUUCCAAAGGUUCGUUGCACAUUGCGCAGCUCUGUUUAUUUCCAACGCACAUGAGCACAUGUUCAGUGAGUGGCUACUAGCCACAAUGGCUAGGCUCUCCCUCCACAGUCAAAGGCAGCAAUGGUUCUGAAUACCAGAUGCUGGGAACCCAGGAAGGGGAAGAUGGCUCUUGAGCUUGAAUCCUGUUUGUGGGUUUCCCAUAAUAGACAUCUGGUUGGCCACUAGGAGAACAGGAUGCUGGACUUGAUGGGCCUGCGGCCUGAUCCAGCACGGCUCAUCGCAGGUAUUGCAGUUUCCUUGUUGUUUUGUUGUUGUUGUUGUUGAGUGGGUCUGUGAAUUAUGUUAAGUAACAUAAAAUACUCCUUCAUGGAUCACUGCCUUGCUGUGGCAAAGGGGCUUGAAUAACUCAGAGAAGCUAUGAGCUAUGUCGUGCAGGGCCACCCAAGAUGGACAGGUCACAGUGGAGAGUUUUGACGAAAAAGCAGAGACAUCACCUUGCCAACAAAGGUCCGUAUAGUUAAAGCUAUGGUUUUCCCAGUAGUGAUGUAUGGAAGUGAGAGCUGGACCAUAAAGAAGGCUGAUCGCCGGAGAAUGGAUGCUUUUGAAUUCUGGUGCUGGAGGAGACUCUUGAGAGUCCCAUGGACUGCAAGAAGAUCAAACCUCUCCAUUCUUAAGGAAACCAGCCCUGAGUGCUCACUGGAAGGACAGAUCCUGAAGCUGAGGCUCCAAGACUUUGGCCACCUCAUGAGAAGAGAAGACUCCCUGGAAAAGACCCUGAUGUUGGGAAAGAUGGAGGGCACAAGGAGAAGGGGACAACAGAGGACAAGAUGGUGGGACAGUGUUCUCGAAGCUACCAGCAUGAGUUUGACCAAACUGUGGGAGGCAGUGGAAGACAGGAGGGCCUGGCGUGCUCUGGUCCAGGGGGUCACGAAGAGGCGGACACAACUAAACAACAAAACCCCAGUGCAGGAAUACAACCUGUCACCAUCCCUUCCCUUUGCUGAUGGACUUGUGUCAAGCUCCUUCUCUUCUUUUUAAUUCUCUUUGCAGAGUCCCGGAGCACCUCGUGAAAAGCAUCACUUGGCAGACCCUCCAGGCAGUGAACUUUUGCCACAAGCACAACGUAUGUCUUGCUGUCAACACAACCGACCUGCAAUUCCAUUUCCCCUACCAUCUGUCCUCCCUAACCCUAUUUCCUUUGGCUGCCAGUGCUGGCGUCACUCUGCAAGCGAUCAGAUCAGACCUCUGGCAAGAGCAGCCUGCCCACCCGCUUGCAGCCCCCUGGGGUGCGAAGGAAGGGAGAAGAAAGGGGUGGGGCCUUCUAGGGAUAGGGGGAGAAAGUUGGCGCUUUGCAUUUAAAGGGGGGGGGUUACCUAAGUCACACAUUCCAAAACAAUUCGCAGACGGAAGCAGAUGCCCUUUGAACUUUGCACUUCUCUGAAACCUUGCAGUGUAGCCAAGUAUUUUGUGCGAAAUGCAGAUACUAGGAUAAAAAUGCGCACAUUAUUUUAAAAAGCAUGCAAAAGUGCAUUGUUUUGGGGGGAAUUGCUUUGCAAAACUUAGCGUGUUGGGCAGAAUUGCUUACAAACUUGUGUAUAUUAGAAACCCACACUAGAACGCUGAUGAAUUCUCACGAGGAUGGUGUUGUUGUUGUUGUUUAAAAACAACAACAACCACAAACUUUUCUGGGAAUGUGGAGAACAAAACUGAAGAUUCUUUGAAUAUUGUACACCACCUUGAUAUUUUAUGAUAUGGCAGUACAGGCUGCCUCUACAAAUAAAUACUUUUCUCAAAUGUUAGGUACAGGGGGAAAAACCAUUACAGUGUGGAAUGUUUCUGUUUAUUACCAUUUUUCAUCCUUUCCCCAACAGACAAAAGUGGGCUUUUCAACAUGCUAAUAAUAAUAAUAAUAAUAAUAAUGGGCAGGCCCAGAUUGUAUCAAGAGCCAUAGCCUAACUGGGGCUCCCCAUUUGCCACCCCCAAUUUUAAAUAAGGUGAAGCCUCUAGCUUUCUACUUGAUUGUCACAUUGACAGCUCUUCCUUUGCUUCCAGUGCAUCCACCGAGACGUGAAACCAGAGAACAUCCUCAUAACCAAGCAUUUUGUCAUCAAACUCUGUGACUUUGGCUUUGCUCGCAUCCUCAGUAAGUGCCUUCAUUUAUCGCUACAAUUUCUGUCUCUCUAUCUGCCAAGCGACUGGGCAUGGCUCUCCCUGCAUCUACUUUUCCUAUAUAAUCCUUGGAAUGUAUUAAUAAAAUUCAGCAAAGGGGAAUAUAUCGGGAAAGGGAGGAGCUCCUCUGGCGACCUUGACCCUUCGGGGCGAUUGUUGGAUAGGUCACCUUUUGUGUGUGAUUCUGACCUCCUGCUCCCACCCUCCCUUAUCCAGCUGGGCCCAGCGAUUACUACACAGACUACGUGGCCACUCGGUGGUACCGGUCUCCCGAGUUGCUCGUGGGGGACACCCAGUAUGGCCCCCCCGUGGACGUCUGGGCCAUCGGCUGCGUCUUUGCAGAGCUGCUGUCUGGGAUCCCUCUGUGGCCGGGGAAAUCGGAUGUGGACCAGCUUUACCUGAUCAGAAGGACGUUGGGUAAGUCCUUGAGAGGUGCCAAGGAAACAGAGAGGCGUUUUUCUUGACUGCAGCUGGCUACAAUCUGUCUCACUCUCCUCUCCGUGGUAAUUGCUGUGGAAGGUAGUGGAACUAUAGCGGAAUAAAAUGCAAUUAUGGCAUUCGUUUCCACUUGCAAAUGGAUUUUCGCCGGAAGCAAAUAACCCAGAAAUGAGAACCAAACCUGCAUUAUAUUCCACUAUGGCUCCAGAAGAGGGUUUUAUGGUGUGCGAAAGCUCACGCGUCAUGCGAAACGUAACACGGAGGGGAUGGUCGUGAGUGUCAGUUUGCAUUUCUUAGUGCAGAAAGUAUUGAUCUGAUGUGUAGAGAUCUUUCCUAUUCUACUUAAUUCAAGAGGGUUCUGGAAGCUUCUCUGUGUGAGAGAAGCAGGCAGAAAGUUCAUGAUUGUUUGGGUUAUAUACCUUCAGAGAAACUGAGUACAGCUGGUUAAAAAUGGUUCUCUUAUCUCUUUAUAAAAGUAAGGCCAGAAGGAGCCCGAGUUUGACUUUCUCUUUCUGUCUCUCUUUUCUGGCAGUAUGCUGAAUGUUAAGGUUUAGACUUAUCAUAAGUUAAGUAAUUGUAAGUUUGUUAAGUCUGCUGCAACUGGAUUUCUUAGGGACAGUGCCAGUCCUGAAUGUAUUGGAUUUGUGACCAUUAUGCUCAUUUGCCUUCAGUAGCAGUAAACGCUCUGCUGGAUGAAAUUGCCUCUGGUCUAUUUUGGGGGAAUCCUGCAAUGUGUUCAAGUUUUCACUCUGCUAACUAUACAGUGAAAUCUACUCUGGAUCACUAUUGAGUAGACUUCCAUUGACGGUGAGCCCGAAAUACACUGCCAUGGGAAUGCAGCCUGAGGUGUCCCCCGCGUGGCCCAUUUGGAAUAUCUCCUGCACAACCCCCACUAUAAGGCACAGGACUUGCACGCUGUUUUGAGAGAGACAGGUUGGCCAGGGAGAAGACUGUUGGAAAGGGUGCAUGGAAGUGUAAGACAACCAUGGAAGAUGGAGAACCCAGCCUCCUUCCCUCUUCAGCAGGCUGCCAAGGCCUUCUUUGCGAUCACUGCCUUAGCAUUUGGGUUUUCACAGUGCAGGCUAAUGUGGGAAUUGAGUUGGAGAUCAGAGGUGGCUUCUUCCAUCCAAGGACAUCAGUUGUGGUGGACCGUGUGGCCACCCACUCUCCUCCGGGGGUGGGGGAUGUAGUCCCGUGUUGCCCGGGGGAUCUUGGCCGCGUCAGCGACCGGCCAGCCAAUCAGCUGGCCAGGGGGCGUGGCCAGGGCCAUUUAAUCAGAGGCGCGAGCUGGAGGGCUUCUUCUUUGGCUCGCUUCCUCAAUCUCCCACCCUCCUUCCCUAUUUUGCAGGUUUUAGUCAUUGGCCUUGCUAUGGACCUUGGUUGGUCGCCAUUGAGGGGCCUGGUACGAAUUUUUCCACUUGGCAAAUUGGCACAGUCCAUUUGGAUUUCGCCUACCUCGUAGCAAUGGUCACAACUUUGUUAGGGUUGCGGUUAGGCAUUGUUUGACCUUGUGAUGGGGGAGGGGAGGUGUGGCCAUCACCUGCCCCUCCAAGCUUAAGGGUAUUCCAUUAAAGGAAUCCGGGGGUGUGGAUCUUGUCCGAAGCCCUGUUGGGGGCUAGGGCCUUGACACGACCCCGACGGGAACAUCAGGGGGAGCUCGAGUUGGUCUGCAUCGACGGGGCUCCCCCUUCCGGUGGUUUACCCUUACCGGACUCCCUGCGCAUCGGGCAGGAGUCAGAUAUAGUCGGGUCCAUUCAAUGCCUAAGCCGAUACCGCUCACAUUCUGUAAUCAAUAAAGCUGUGGCCAAAAUUUGCCCAAUAACAUUAAUUCAAUAUUUGUGUCCUUGUGUGUGUUAGUGCCACACUAAAAGACUGAGAGAUUACAAAUGCAGAACAAAUGCGGAUUUAAGUGUGCUGCUCCUUUCCUUCUUCUCCAAAGGGGACCUCAUUCCCAGGCACCAGCAAGUCUUCAGCACAAACCAGUUCUUCAGCGGGGUGAGAGUUCCAGACCCAGAAAGCAUGGUGAGAAAGCCCCCCCCCCUUGCACAAGUCCUGUUGCAAACAAGACACAGGAGGCUCCUCCACUUCCUAGGUUUUUAAGGCCUUUUUGGGUCUCCAGGCAAAGGAUUGCUUUUUUGUUUUCGGCUGCCUGGAGAUGAGGCCCAUUGUCUGGGAACUAGCGACCAGCUCAAUGGAAUGGCUGGCUCCUGGAUGUGGUUUCGGAGACACGUAGACGCUGGCAAUUGGGACGUCUGCGCCCGCAUUUCAGUGGUUGGGAGGGAAGGAACACUCUUGGAAACGGAGAAGAAAAUUGAAGGUCUCCAGGUCCAAAGGGGCAAGAUUGGCGCGUCUGCUUUCUGACCUGUCCAGGGAGCGAGUUCUUCUUCAAAUAUAGAACUAUAGCCGCUCUGAGCCCGGCUUUGGCUGGGGAGGGCGGGAUAUAAAUAAAGUUAUUAUUACCAUAUUUUUCGCUCUAUAAGACGCACCAGUCCACAAGAUGCACCUAGUUUUUGGAGGACGAAAACAAGAAAAAAAAUAUAUUCUGAAUCUCAGAAGCCAGAACAGCAAGAGGGAUUGCUGCGCAGUGAAAGCAGAAAUCCUUCUUGCUGUUCUGGCUUCUGGGACAGCUGCGCGGCCUGCAUUCGCCCCAUAAGACGCACACACAUUUCCCCUUACUUUUUAGGAGGGAAAAAGUGAGUCUUAUAGAGCAAAAAAUACGGUAUUAUUAUUAUUAUUAUUCAGGUUUUUUGAAGUGGAAAAAAAAACAUGAAAGGGGGGAGGGAACGUCUAAGCCAAUGAUGCUCAUUAUUUUGUCCUCCUUUCCCCCCAGGAGCCUCUAGAAAUGAAAUUUCCAGGCAUUUCCUACUCGGCUCUCGGACUCAUGAAGGUGAGCACAUACCGUGGUUUUCUGAGGCUGGGCCAGGCUUCUACAGGCUGCUUUGCAUACAGAAAGUCCCAGAUUCAGUCCCCAACAGCAGGACGAGAUUUCAGGCUUACCAUCCACAUUAAAAUGCACUGGCAUUUUGAGUUGGCUCUUUUGCCUUCAUACCUGCUUAACCUUCUUUACCGAAACCCAGUUUAGCAAGUUUAACCAUCCAUUUCCAUUUCAUUUGCCUAACGCUCAUUUGAGAGGGCCAUUUGGAACUCGCUGCUUUGCUUGCAAUUAAGUUGAUGAUUGACCAAGCCCUCGGCAGUCUUUUUCCCAUUUCUUUUUUAUAUAAGCAAACCAGGAAAGGGGAGUAAACAAGUGGAACUUGCAACGAAGCAUUCGCAGAGCGGAGUGUUUCUGCUCAGCCGCUCCAUUUCAAUCGUCUCCUAAUUUCCCUCUCCCUUCUCCCCCAAAGUCAGCUCACAUUCUAUGCCCACUAAGUACUGCUGGGUUCGAGGUUUUUUUUUUGUGAACCCAUGGGCUGUUUCCCUCCCCUUUUUUUGUCAGCUCUGCAAACCUCUGCAAGCCUUCCGAAUAAAAAAAUGUAAGGUCAUAUAUAUAUAUAUAUAUAUAAUGUUCAUAACUGCAUAUCUAAACCACAUGUCUGAAACCCCACAGAAAAAGUCCUGAAACCAUUUUGUCCCUCCCAAAUUGACCUCAUAUAUUUCUCUGCAAGGUCGAAGGAAAAUGGAAAAGGCUCCCCAUUGUCUUUUCGUUCACAAAUCCUGUCUCAUGGGUAUGUCUGUGUAUGAAUAGGGUGAGCCUGUGACCUGGCUCAGGAACUAAGUAUUUGUCAUUACAAAAGACUGGCCAGGCGCCCCAGGGUAUCCAGUCAAGUAACCAUUAACAGGUAAAAUGCCAGAAAGGAGAUAAACAAUGCACUCAGAUUUCUGCUGUAGACCACCUUUUCUGUGAUGUAUGUAUGAUGUUUCUGGGGGUGGUCUUGGACUCCAGGGCGGGCAAUUUAAAAUAUCUAUAUAAGGGCAGACACACCUGGGUUCUGGGUCCUCUUCCUUCUCCUGCUUCUGAAGGAGGCACCCUGUUGCAACAGUUCAAUAAAGAUCAAGCUCACGAGCUGCUUUGCUUCUCAAUAUUCUCUGGUUGGCCUCUGUUAUUUUCUCUGACCGAUGGAGAACCUACAAAGGACUCUAUAAGGGCUCUUGUGUCCCCCAUAAGGGAAUAAGGGCAGAUUUUUGUUUAUUACAUCAUUGUGGCAUCUGGUUGGCCAAGGUGAGAUCAGGAUUUCAGGUGGUGGGCCACUGGUCUGACCCUGCAGGGCUGUUCUUACGUUCUUAACAUAGGAAGCUGCCUUAUAUUGGGAGAUGUGAUUAGUCCAUCUGCCUCAGCAAUGCAGGCAGCCAACAUUCCCAGGCCGGAAUUGAACCCAGAACCUUCUGUGUGGGGAAGCAGGCACUGUUGCCACUGAGCCACGCUUGGUUUGUGUCUGCAUCCUCCAGACUCUUUGCUUUUUUUCCUUAUCGCAGGGCUGCCUCCACAUGGAUCCUGCGGAAAGGCUUACUUGUGAGCAGCUCCUGCAGCACCCCUACUUCGACAGCGUCCGAGAGGUUGAGCUGGGGAGGGAGCGAGAGAGAUCCCUCACGCGGAAGCCAAACCGGCCCACGCGGAAGCACAUCCCCGGGGUAAGAGGCUGCUCAGAUAUUUCAGGGGUCUCAGGGAUCAAAUUGCAUGGCAGCCAGGAACACCCUCCUGCUGCUGACAGGCCACCCAGUCCCUGCUGAGCCCUGGACAUAAUCCCCACAUGUCUUGACCCUCAGCUCCAUCUGGUACGCAGGAUGAGACCCUCCCUGCCCACACAGACUGUCUCACCAGAGUGGUGCAUGCUCUGGUUAUCUCCUGCUUGGACUACUGCAAUGCGCUCUACAUGUGGCUACCUUUGAAGGUGACCCGGAAACUACAACUAAUCCAGAAUGCGGCAGCUAGACUGGUGACUGGGAGCGGCCGCUGAGACCACUUAACACCAGUCUUGAAAGUCCUACAUUGUCUCCCAGUACGUUUCCGAGCACAAUUCAAAGUGUUGGUGCUGACCAUUAAAGCCCUAAACGGCCUCGGCCCAGUAGACCUGAAGGAGCGUCUCCACCCCCAUCGUUCUACCCAGACACUGAGGUCCAGCUCCGAGGGUCUUCUGGCGGUUCGCUCACUGCAAGAUGUGAGGUUAUAGGGAACCCGGCAGAGGGCCUUCUCGGUGGUGGCACCCGCCCUGUGGAAUGCCCUCCUACCAGAUGUCAAAGAGAAAAACAAUUACCAGAUUUUUAGAAGCCAUCUGAAGCCAUCCCUGUUUAGGGAAGUUUUUAAUGACUGAUGUUUUAAUGUAUUUUUAAUCUUCAGUUGGAAGCCGCCCAGAGUGGCUGGGGAAACCCAGCCAGAUGGGCAGGGUAUAAAUAAAUAAUAUUAGUAAUUAUUAUUAUUAUUAUUAUUAUUAUUAUUAUUAGGGCCUGUGCUCCUUUGGAGAAUUGAAGACGUGGCGGUUUCUUAAUGGCCCUAGUUUGGCCAGGUCCUUUUGCACACGAUAACCCAGGAAUUCCUCUGCAGCUGGCAUUUCUUCCUUCAUAUCCCAAAUAAUCUGCAAUUUAUUAAUUUCUAGGGUUUAGGGGGGUCCCAGCCUCAAAACUAUAGUGAUACUUUUACCGGCAUGGGUGGUGCCAGAGGUCAGCAGGACUGGGUCUAGACUAGAUGACCCUUGUGGUACGUCCCAAUUCUUUGAUUCAAAUUUACAAACUUGGGGCCAGGAUACUGCAGGGAUUGCCUGAACCCUUCUAUCCCAGCUUGAUCCAUGAGAUCUUCUACAGAAGCUCCUUUGGUCAUUCCCCACGUUGGUGAGGCUCAUUUCACAACAACAAUAAACGGAGCCUUUAGUUAUUGGCCCAGUCCUGUGGAACUCCCUGCCAACAACAGAGACUCAGGCGAGGACAAUUCAGGGGCCAGGAGAAAGCAAUCUUCAAACAAGCCUUUGGCUGAUUAAACAACGUAUGGCCUUUUAAAUGUGUCUUGGAAGCUAUCGCUUCCUUGAUAUUAUGCUAUGUAUCUUGUGCUUUUAAGUUGUAAGCUAGCCUGUGAUCUUCAAAUGAACAUACAUUUUUAUUAUUAAGCAGGUGUCUUCUGUGCCAAACGUUGAACACCUACUGGAAAUUUUUCUAUUUUGUCGGGCCUGUGUUUAACAAUGCAUCUUUCUACAAUAAUGCAUCUUGCCACCUUUUUAGUUAUAUGGUUUUAUUGAAUGGUUCUAUUGUCGUAAACCACUUUGAUUUUUUUAUGUAUAGUGGUAUACAGAUAUUUUUCUUUAAAAAAUAAAUAAAUUCAAAACCAGCACCACCAAAAAAGGGUGGAUCCAGCCCCCAGCUGCCCGUUCACCUUUGUGUCAUUUUCAGAACAGUUUACAUUGUUGUCCUUUGCUAAACUGAAAAGUGGAUGGUCAACUGCCUGCAAGUUACUCUUUAUUCUCUCUUCUUAGUUACAGUACCUGCCCCAGUUAACCAGCAGCAACAUUCUACCUGCUUUGGAUAACAAGAAGUACUAUUGCAGCACAAGGAAACUGAACUACCGUUUCCCAAACAUCUAA